AUGCGUAAAGCAAGUGUCUGUAUUGUUCGAUCACUGCCGCUGCACUCGUUCAUAAGCUGUAGGGCAGAGGGGGGGCUGUGCUCCGACCACCGAGAGGGGAAGAGUGGGGAAAGGGCUGUCAGGUUCGCGGGGGCGGGGUCAGAGGCGGCGCACGUCACGGAGCGCAAAGUUCGGGAUAAAGUGUCCACGGGUGAUGCUGAGGCGGUGUCGGAGCAUGAACUCAGCAGAAGAAACAUCCACGCUGCCUCUUUACUUCAUCCACAACUUUCCUCACGCAUUGUUGCCAUCUUCCCGUGUUUACUGCUGCAGUUUUCAUAUUGGCUAAUUUCCCUGGAGACGCGCGCCCAAGCUCUCAUUAAAUAUUUAACAGAAGUCUCUCCAUCUUUUCACGACAAACUUGACACUAACAAGAUGCGGCUGUUGCCCACUCACUGGUCCGAGUGCAGAUCCAUGCUUCUGCUGUGCCUCAUCCAAAUGCCUGUAUCCUUUGCGCUGCCCUUCAACUCGAGCCUGGAGCAGAUGCUGGACAAGUACAUGGACGAGGAUGGAGAGGUGUGGAAGGCCAAGCAGAGGGGCAAGAGAGCCAUACGAGACAGCGACGCACAGCUGAUCCUGGAUCUGCACAACAAGCUGAGGGGACAGGUCUACCCCCAAGCGUCCAACAUGGAGUACAUGUGUGUGCGCAGAGGGGAGCGCUCUGCAGAAGUGCUGAGCCAGCGGCACAAGGCUCCUUCGCUGUCUCCUGUUACAGCUGGCUGGCUCCUUUAG